AUGGCGUCGCGAAUUGGCUUGCGGAUGCAGCUCAUGCGAGAGCAAGUCCAGCAAGAGGAGCAGCGGGAGCGCAUGCAGCAGCAGGCAAUGAUGCAUUACAUGCAGCAACAGCAGCAGAUGCCAAUGGCUCCAACCCCUGCCAUCAACACACCAGUUCAUUUCCAGUCACCACCGUCUGUGCCAGGAGAAGUCUUAAAGGUACAGCUCGAGUAAAUAAAAGUCUUGGCAAUGCCUAGCUGGGAAGCCAAAUGGAGGCACUAUUUAUGCUAUGGAAAUUGCAUAGAUGGAUGUCUUGCGUUUGCAAAUCAACAAGUAAUGGACAGGGAUAGCUCGGCCAUAGUGAUCCCCGUGCAGGUAACUGGGCUAUUGUAGUGUGCUCUACGUUGGGCAGCUUGUACAAAAUGUGGUUGUUAGGUUGCUAAUGGGAGCAGCCUAUUGCAGUCCUGUGAAACCUCUGCUGCCCAUUUGCUACUGGGCCAGUUUUAAGAUUCUGUUGUUGACAUAUAAAGCCCUGAACAACUCAAGAAGACCUGAAUCUAUGCAGACCAGCCUGUCUGCUUAAAUCUUAGGAUGAGCUGGUUGAGCCACAGCCUGUGGAAAUACAUCUCCCAAUGGAGGGUUGUAGAAAGUGAGUCCUAGAAGAAUCAGUAUUUUGGGACCUGUGCUGUUGAACUUGUUCACUGAUGAUCUAGAGAGUUAGGGCUCAGCAGUGAGGUAAAGUUUGCUGACGAUGCCAAAUUGUUCAGUGUGGUUAAAAAAAGAGAGAUUGUGAGGGGUUCAAAAAAGGAUAGACAGAGGUAGAGGAAAAUGUGAACAAUUGCAAUCACACACAGUUUUGAGUAUGGUUACGAUUCAAAAUGAGGACGGAGGGGUUCAGGCAAGCCAUAGUCGUGUGGAUUCAAUACUAUAAAAGAAAAUAAAGCAUGUUUGUUCCCGAAGAGCUGCUCAGUUGAAAUCUCCUGCUACUUUUUAUAUGACAGCCCUCUGCUUCUGCGUCUUUCCUCUCCUUUUCCCUGGACACUUUCAGGUUCAGUCCUUCCUGGAGAACCCUACCACAUACCACCUGCAACGGUCACGAGACAAGAAGGUCCAAGAAUUUCUGUCUGAAACCUAUGGGAACAAGUUUGCUCCACUGCUCAGUGCUCCGUCUCCUAAGCCUCCUCCUUCUGUCUCGCCUGGCGUGAGGCCGACCCAUGUCAUGCCCUCCUCUGCCGGCAACAGUACUCCCAACAGCCCAAUGGCAAUGCUCAACAUUGGCUCCAACCCAGAAAGGGAGGUGAGUGAGUGGCUUCUAUUCCUGGGGAACGGUGGGUCUUUUGGGAGGGUUGGGAGAUAAUUCUGAAUCCAGUUGCACUUUUCCUGAGACUGUACAGUAGGAAGUAUUAUAGGAAGUAGGAGCAUUUGUUGCGGGGGAGAAUUCAAGCUUGCAACCACCACCUCUUUCUGCAAACUGAAUUGAGAAGGUUCUGCUAUAUAGUUGCAUUAUAUAGUUGUAUUCUUCUAGUUUUGCAGCUUCAAGUUUUAGAAAAGGGACAAAAUGGAAGUUUUUGUAUCACUGUAGGGACUAUAAUAAAGGAACAUGGUGACUGUUGGGGAACUUCCAUCUUCAUUCUUUUUUGGUAGGAGGUGCCGUAGGAACACAUGAAAGAAGCAAACCUUUGUAAGACUCACUUAAAUCUGCAGUUGUAUUUCUCAUGUCUUUGUACAUGGAUGCAUUUAUUUAUUUUUAGUGAAAAAGUCAGUAUUGACAGGAUAGAGGAAAUGGUUCUUAUAUCUCAAAGGCUACUUUUCCUUCCAGAUAGAUGAUGUCAUUGAAGACAUAAUGCAGCUGACAACUACUGUGGGGUGCAUUAAUCCAGAAAUUCAUAUGCCAAAUACUGUGAGUAUCUCUGGGUUUUUGCUUCUUAUUGUCAGAAAGGGAGGGAAUGAUGGAGGAAGGAAAGCUACAAGAUCAUCAUCUCCUGGAUGAAUGGUGGUCAAGCUAUGAAAACUAUCCUAAUGGGGGGGAAAUAAGCUGCACUGUGUCCAUGCUGUGGGCCUAUUGGGAUGCUAGUUUGAACAGUAGCAUACCCUGCUAAAACAUUAGCAGCUGUGGAGUCUCUAAUGUUCUUUAAACCCUGGCAGUCAAUAUAGUUUUCUUGGAUUCACAUCACUGGGAUGAAGCUGGCUGUCUCUACAUCAGAAGACACCAGAACGAUGCCCUCUAGAAGUUGUUGGACUCCCAGGUCCCAGCCAGCGUGGCAAAUUUAUUUAUUUAACCUGUAUACCACUUUAUAUUUCAAGAAAUCUCAAAGUGGUCAUGGGCAGUGAUGAUGGCUGUGGUCCGACAACAUCUGGAGGGCACCCCCCACUUUGUAACCAGGAGCUCAGUCAGUAGAGCGUGAGGCUCUUGAUCUCAGUGUCAUGGGUUUGAGCCCCACGUUGGGCAAACGAUUCCUUCACUGCAGGGGGUUGGACUAGAUGACCCUCGUGGUUUUUCCCAACUCUACAGUACUGUGAUUUUACUAUGAUAAUUUGCAUCUGGCUGGAAUCCUAUUUCUUUGCCCCUUCCUUCUGUUGUAUGUUAUUCCUAUGCAAUUUUUAAAAAAGUGUUUUGUUCCUUUCCUUUGUUUUCCAGCUGCCAUUGUCCAGCAGCCACAUGAAUGUGUAUAGCAGCGAUCUUCAGAUGACACCCUCUGUGGUGGGCAUGACCAGCAGCUCCUGCCCGGCCGAUCUGACGCAGAAGAGAGAGCUCACGGGUAACUUGGCAGGGCUUAUGAUCCUUGGAUCCAUGCCUGAGUUGAUUUGUUGGGGCUGUAUCCAGCCCCAGCUUUGACUCAGGUUGUAGGCCACUGGGAAGUCUGCUUUCAUGUGCGCACGUGAGCAUAUAUGCACAUGUGCAACAGCACUCUUGUUUCUCUUGACCCACUGCUUUGCUUGACAGCUUGGUCUUUUGUCUCUAGAUGCAGAGAACCGUGCAUUGGCGAAGGAACGCCAGAAGAAGGACAAUCACAAUCUGAGUGAGUGGUGCUUGGUUAAAACCAUGUGGCCUGAACGUCUUCUCAAACUGUCUUCAGUGAUCCCUGCUCUGUUCCUCCUUAUUCCUUCUAGAGAAGAUAUGAGAAAUCUCUCUCUUUCAUGGGCAGUGUGGCAACCCAGUGUGUACUGGCUUCUUUCAGAAGAAAUACUGUCUUGCAGGAGUCUUAAAUUUUCACUCCUUUGUUAAUGCAAGUAUCUGACUGUCUUGAUGCAGAGAAGGACCCCAGAACAUGGAGAUGUUAGGAACACUCUGUACCUGUUGCAUAUGCACAGAGCUGGGUCUGUCUUCAUGUGGACCUUUUGUGUUUUAUCCUUCAGCCAUCAACCAUUCAACUUGGAACACUCAGCAAGCCUUUUUAUCACCUGAGUGGUUCAUAGAAGGCGUGGGGUUUGGAGGUGGGCAGCUAUUUCCAACACUGCUAAAGCAUGGAUUCGUGUAAUUAUGCUGCCUUGGUCUGGAAGAAAUCAGCAACUGCAACUUUGUGUUUCUUUUUACAUUUCAUUUCAAAAGCAGACACCUGUUUUAAUAUAAUUAGCUAUAAGAAUGGAAGAUAAUCAGUUCGAUGCUGCUGCUCUUGGGAUAAAGAAAGAAAGCCAUGCUGCCAAUCUGGGGAAUAACCAUUUUAGUCACGGUGUUACCUGGAUUUUUUUGGAGGAGAAAUUGCUUGUCAUAUGUAGUAUAAUGUUUGUAUUGGUUUAUUUAAAAAUAUGCAAGCAGUGUAUAAAUGAAAGCAAUUAGCAUAUUAACUCCAAACAGACAGAUCCAUUAGCUAAAACAGCCAGCCAGAAAAAGGCAUUCUGAACUGCAAGUUAUUUCUAUCCUAUUGGCUAACUCUGUCUCUAAUUAUGACCUUCUUUCUGUUACACCAAAACUGCUUUUUUGUUGUUGUUGUUAUGCACACUGCAUAUACUUGCAAAUGUGUAUGCACACAGUCACUGUGUGUGUGUUUUUGGAUGCAAAUAUAUGCAGCUUUAGGAUUUUAUCCAAGGCAGCACAGGCAGUGUUACACUUGCACAAUAAGACUUCCUUUUCCUCUCCCCCACAUACCUCCCAAAACUACUCCAGAGGGUCCCCCAAACCUGUUAAAAAGAUUCUGAGGGUGUGGGGGUGCUACAAGGGAGAGGAGGGGAAGUUCUGCUGCAUAAGUGGAACUCCCUUGAGUGAGUGGAACGGCAACAUUAGAUACAGUUCUCAAUUGAUUCAUACUUUCUUUCAUCAGAUGAUAUUUAUUCAUUUAUUUUGGCACCCUUGUGUUCAUUUUUUAUUGUAUACUUUAAUAAAUAUUCCAUUUCCCCACUAUUUUUGUUUCUCUCUUAGUUGAAAGAAGACGAAGGUUCAACAUCAAUGAUCGCAUUAAGGAACUAGGAAUGCUGAUCCCCAAAGCUGGAGACCUGUAAGUUGCGCUCAAAUGUUCAAUUAUCCUAAUGCCUCCUGAAGAGCCUCAUGCUCUGAAACAGGCAACGGGAAUAAAGCCUUCUGGGAAAUCAUUUUUCCAUAUUCAUUGAAAACACUACUUUCACUUCUGCCUCCCAAAUAUUCACAACACACCUUUUGUCUCAGCUAAAAUUCCAAACUUCUUUAAGCCUUAAAGAAAAGAUUUGUUAGAGGCAGAUAAAACUUAGUAUGAUGUUUGAGCUUUCCCCCCUUCAUUUGUGUUUCAACACUAAUUAUGCUCUGAGCAUAAUUGCCUCCAGAACUUUCCUGAAUCUGGACAUCAUCCUUUUAUUCUCUUAACAUUCUGCUCCUAUGUCUUUUUCCAGGGAUGUGCGCUGGAACAAAGGGACAAUCCUGAAAGCCUCUGUUGAUUACAUCAGGAGGAUGCAGAAAGACUUGCAAAGAUCACGAGAUCUUGAGAAUCAUUCUCGGCACCUGGAAAUGGCAAAUAAGCAGCUCUGGCUCCGCAUACAGGUGAGUCCCCAUCUUUUUGUCUUGUGCUCGCACCUCCUAAAUCUCUUAUGUGCAUAUAGCAACUGCCUUCCUUUUACCCAUUCAUUCCUUCAACCAUCACUUUCCUCAUCCCUACCCCCCGUUCCAGUUGGUAGCCCUGUCUCAUAAUCUUGUGCUCAGGGAAUAGAUGAAAGAGGUUCUCAACCUUGGCUGCAAAGCUGAUUCUUACUGUGGCCUUCACCCACGUGAAAGCAUUACUGCCAUUAGUAAUGCCUACUGGAACUUUGGGUGGGUGGAGAUCUUGUUGCUUGCUCACCUGUUGGACUGUUGUCAUGUUUGUGUGCCUUGUCCUAAAGGAGCUGGAGAUGCAGGCCCGAGUCCAUGGCCUUCCAACUGCUUCGCCUUCUGGCUUGAACAUGGCUGAACUCGCUCAGCAAGUUGUGAAGCAAGAAACCCCUGGAGAAGAGGACACAACAGAGAUCCAGCCGCCACCACAGCCGCCACUCCACCCUGAGCAGGAGGCUCAGCAGCACCAGCCUCACUUUGCUCCUCCUCAGUCCCCUUACCACCAGCUGGACUUCACUCACGGCCUGAGCUUUGACGACAACUCGAGAGGCUUCCACGACCCUCUGGACCCCAGCCAAAACGUCUCCUUCCCUUCCCUGUCCAAGAAGGAGCUGGACUUGAUGCUGAUGGAGGAUACCAUGCUGCCCAUGGCGUCUGACCCCUUGUUCUCUGCCGUGUCCCCGGAGGCUUCAAAGGCUAGCAGUCGCAGAAGCAGCUUCAGCAUGGAGGACACAGAUAUGCUGUGA